AUGGCUGCAACUGAAACUUCGCCUUUAAUUCCGACAAAUCGCCUUAUUGACUCACCCGAACACAUUGGUAAUAACUCCGACCACGCCGACGAAACCGACGCGAUGAGCGGUCUUUUGUGGAAAACGGGUGCCGUGUUCGGCGCCACCGCUGUCGGUCUUGGGGCCUUUGGCGCCCAUGGGCUCAAGAAGCACAUUUCUGACCCCAAUAAGUUGGCAAAUUGGUCGACGGCGGCGCAAUAUCAGGCAGGUCCUACGCGCCUUAUUCAUUCUAUCGCCCUGCUGAUCGCCAGCAACAACCCCAUCGCAGGGGGGCUGUUUACUGCAGGCACGGUCAUGUUCAGCGGGAGCCUGUAUGCCCUGACGCUCGACACGGAGCGCUUCCGCUUCAUGGGCCCGGUCACACCUCUCGGUGGCUUGUGCCUCAUUGCUGGGUGGUUAGCCCUAGCCUUUGGGAAGCGAGGGGCAGGUGUCAGAUGGCCAAGGCCAUGA